GAGGGAAGGAGGUUUGGGCCUCGCGGGCCCCCGUCGGCCGCCGCGCCCCGCCCCGCGCCAUGGCGGCCUUCGGGCGGUGGAAGGCGCAGCGCCUGGCGCGGGCGGACGCCAGCCGUAAGGGCGCCCUGGACGAGCGCGCGGCGCCCGUGGUGCGGCUGCUGAACGCGCGGGCGCGGUUCUGCACCACCAGCUCCUGCGCGGGCCGCCUGGUGCUGGCGCAGGGCGGCGCCGCGGAGGACGCCGAGCGCCGCGGGGCGCCGAAGAAGGGCUGCGAGUGGCUGCUGGUGACGCACGAGCCGUGCCGCCGCGACGAGCUGAUGACAGCACUAGAAAAAGCCACUGGUGAUGUUGUGUUCAAGUUUGAACCAUUUGUUCUUCAUGUGCUUUGUCGAGAGCUGCAAGAUGCACAGCUUCUGCAUUCAGUGGCUAUUGAUUCUGGGUUUAAGAACUCUGGUAUUACCGUUGGCAGAGGAGGAAAAAUCAUGAUGGCUGUCCGGAGUACUCACUGCUUAGAAGUUCCAUUGAGCCACAUGGGGAAGUUGAUGGUCUCUGAAGAAUAUAUCGAGUUUCUUAUACACGUGGCUAAUCGGAAAAUGGAAGAAAACACAAAGAGGAUUGACAGAUUCUACAAAUGCUUACAGUUAGCUUUGGAGGCUGACGUCAGUGCAAACAAUUUGCAUUCUGAGGAGACGGAGAAGUAUCACUCGGUGUACGUUCACAGAAGAAAGAGAGAGACCAUUCAAGAACAAGAUGUACACACCUCUCCAAAGGAUCAUAGUGAAGAAUUAGAGCCUGAGGAUGAUCCAGAAAGUAACCUUGGUAUUUUUGCUGAAAUCAUGAUAUAGACUAAGGCAUUUGAAAGCAAAUGGCAAACUGGAUGAUAGUUGUAAUGUUCUUUAUAAGAUACUGAAAUUGCUCUAGGUAGUAACACUCCCAUGGACAUUACCAGAAAGAAAAUUAAUUAAACAGAAUUGUGGACAGAUGUAAUGCCAUAGAAGCACAGGAAACAAAACCUCAUUUUUUGUUGUUGUUGUUAACAGCACUGUUGAAUUAACAUUCUCUUACUGUGUCAGUUAUCACAGAAGUAACUGGUUUGCUAUAGCCUUUGGCCCUGUUCUUUGUAGAAGCAUUUCCCUUUCAAUUGCUGGGUUUAGGCCUGCUAAUUUUUAUUUUAUUUUCCAGAGGAGAGACUCUAAAAACUGUGUUGUUAUCCUUGAAAGUUUUUAGACCCAGUAGGAACUCAGAAAAGUGUGCAGUAAUGUAGAUGGCUCUUUCAGAAAACACAGCCACUCAUUAGUCAGCUGCAGUACAGUACCUGGUCUGGAGGUUAGUACAGGAAAGAAAAACUUAACUAUGGCUGCAUGCAGACUUCAGCCUGGUGCCUCCAGGAUCCUCUCCUAACUAUUGCACUGAGCAGCAAGGUUGGCACUGUUUUCCUGCACUUUACUGUUUCAGGCUCUAGCCCCACUGCUUUAAUGUGUUCUGCUUCCCUUGGCCAGCAGCUAUUGAGUGUUACUUUUCUUUUAGCCAACUCCGUAUACUGUUAUUUCAUUAGCUCACUUAGAUACAUUUCUAUCUGGUCAGCACCCAGCAUCAGUCCAAACUGUUGGGCAAAAAGUCAACCAGGUGUAUGGGAACAGGCUUUCUUAGCAGGGUAUAAAAUAUUGACGUGCCUUAAAUGUUACAGAUGUUUGCACCGUUUAAUCUGUAUAUAUUCCUGUAUUGUCCCUCUGAAAAAGUCAGUGCAUGCUGGAGUUUAUUUUGCAGAAAAAUGAUGAAUUUGUAAAUUUUAGCAACAAUGAAUUCCAAGCCAUUAUUUUUAUGACUGAGUGGUUACUAACACAGCCUCACAGGACCCUGACUGAAGGAAAUGGUUUAUUUGGUACAGUUAGGUGGUUGUCAUUGUUUCCAUUACAUAAACCUACAUCUUGGGGACACUUUAAUUCCACUGUAAAAAAUUUGGCAUGCAAGGUAGCAGUCAAAGGGAAAACUGAGGGCUUUAAAUAGAUUCUGAAAGACUGGUUAGACUGUGUCUGCAGUAGCAGGCUCUCCAAAACAAAACAAACAAAAAAAAAAGCUCAUGCCUUUUGUGGAGUUUGUUAGCUUUGUGAACUUACAUGCUGAGCACUUUGACAAGGGCAUGUGCAUCCGUUUGGAGCAUGGGAAAGCAAGAGACCAAGAUGUCUUUGUGGAGAAACUGUUGUCAGUAAAGUGAAUGGGAAGGG